GCUCCGCCCACGCGUCAGGUGUUUUCAGACGAAACUCGACUGGAGUAAAGAGGAUGUUACUCAUGCCGGCUGGACUUGAUGAAACACUCCACAAACACUUUAACUUCAGCUUGUGUCACCAUAUACCGAUACCAGACAACAACAAGUGGACGGUUUACAUGCAGUGAUGGAGGUGAAAGGCUGCAGGUCAGAGCUGGAAGUGUUUAGGAGGUUGUCGAUUGAGACCGUGUCCAGAAGAGAUUCUGUUUCUGUGAAAUGUUCUCCAUCUUCCCAAAUCCUUCAGAUGUCAACACCUCGAUCGAUACCUCUGACCCACAGCAUUCCAACUAAAAGGGAGUUUCGAGCUUCAUCUGCACCUUUGAUUCCCAAUCCGUUUCCAGAGCUCUGCAGUCCCACACACUCCCCAGUGCUGACCGGAUCCUUCAGCGGGAGGGAUCCUCCCUCCAACAGCAGCACACAUGUGCUUCGGGUUUUUGGGGACGCCACACACAGUCGGUCGGUUUUGGUGACGUCUGGGACGACGGCGCAUGAUGUUUGUCGUAUGCUAGCGCAGAACGCACACUGUACGGAUGAGGAAAGCUGGGCUCUCAUUGAACAUCAUUCUGCUUUAGGCCUGGAGCGCUGUCUGGAAGACCAUGAGCUUGUGGUGCAGGUACAGUCAUCCUGGCCUGUAGAAAGUGACACAAAGCUGAUCUUCCGCAAGAACUACGCUAAGUACGAGUUCUUCAAAAAACCUGUGUUAUUUUUCCCAGAGCACAUGAUAUCUGACAGCGCUGAUGUCACUAAAGGCAUGACAUCAUCAGAGCUGGUGCAGAAUAUGGUGAAGAGUGGCUCCUGUCCAGAGAUUCAAGGCUUUCUCCAUGUGAGAGAGGGCGGAAAAAAGUCCUGGAAGAAACUCUAUUUUGUUUUACGACGCUCUGGACUGUACUGCUCCAACAAAGGACAGUCAAAGGAACCUCGGCACCUGCAGUUCGUCGGAGAUCUGGAAGAUCUGAAUGUGUUCACAGUGUUCAAUGGCCGUAAACUUUACGGGGCUCCAGGAGAGCAUGUCUUCUGCAUUAAGGCCUCAAAAGACAGGUUUCGCUGUCAGGAUUUGAAGCUGAUGUGUGCCGACAGUGAGCAGAGUCGUACAUGCUGGAUCACGGCCUUCAGAUUGUUUAAGCAUGGGAAACCGCUCCAGUGUAACUACCAGCUCUCCCAAUCCAGUGCCAGACUUCACAAAUCAUCACGACAAGACUCCAAGUAUGCAGACCGGGAGGAGUCGAUGGUGGCCAUGGAUUUUGGACACAACUGGCGGAAGAGAGAAGCGUUGCGUCACAGUUUACCCACCAACGGUCACGGGUCACAUCUGUCCGCGGUUCAUCGGGUUCAGCCGUGGUUCCACGGGGGCGUGUCUCGAAAUGAAGCUCAAAGGCUAUUGGAGGAGCAGGGUCAGGUGGAUGGGAUGUUUUUGAUUCGUGACAGUCAGCUGCACGUGCAGUGCUUUGUGUUGUCCUUGUGUUAUAAACUGAAGACCAAACACUACCUCAUCAUUCCCUUAGAGCAAGGGGAUAAACAGUACUACACUAUGGACGAUGGUGUCACGCUGUUUACAGAUCUGCUGCAGUUGGUGGAGUUUCACCAGAUUAACCGCGGCAUCUUACCUGUUUGUCUCAAACAUCCCUGCACUUGCAUUGCACUCUAAACCUUCAACUUUGACCUCUCCCCCAAACCUAGGACCUAAAUGACCCAGCACCAGUCUCUGGAUGUCAGGACAUUCACAGUUUUUCAUAAUCCCCCCCAAAAAUACUAUUUCUGUACAUAGUAAUUCUAUUUAUAUUUGAUAUAUCUCUAGCACACUUUAGAGAGCAUAUAUAGGUCUUUAAUAUUGGUUAUCCUACCAAAAAUACUCUAAUAGUUUAUGGACUAUUUGUUUACAAGCUUAUUUGUAUUUAUCAUCCUUCUAUCCGGGAAUGUUUCUAAACCGGAAAGUGCACAAUCAUGUGGGAAUUUCCUGCUAUUCCUUCUUUCAACACUGGGUGGCGCACUGAUGCUUUGAAUGCUUUACUGCUCAUUUAUUCUUAAUUUAUGCAAUAGUCAUGCAGGGAUACAUUAAUGCAUAUCUGAAGUUUCAUAAGGAGACUAUUUCAAUGUAGCAGAUUUAGUAUUAAUCUUAUUAUUAUUAUUAUUAUUAUUGAUAUAUUUUUUUUCUUCAACACUGUCUAAUUUUUGGGUGUUUUUUCAUAAUACUGACGUUUAAGAUAAUCGAGGCCAGUUUACGUUUGCUUUAUUAUAUAUUUUUAUUUCGUUUAUUUUGUUUUAUCAUUGUUUAGUACUUGUUCUGGUUAACAGUUGUACUUGUGCAUGUAAUUUAAUUCUGACCAAAACCUCAAAAUGA